AUGACUCAACUUGUUAUUCAGUCGGUUACAGCGAAUAGACAUAAUUAUACAAAGCUUGCAAUUGCUCGAUUUGAUACAAAUGGUGCCCAGGAUGCUAUCACAUACUAUGAUGAUAUUCAACCCUUCUCCGCGGCUUUGACCAAAAAUCCACCGAAUCCAAAUUCUGCUGCUAGCCCAUCAACUCCUUCCAAUGUUCUCCCAAUUAUUUCCAGUUUCCUCUCCGCUUCGGGCCGCCCAUUGGAGAGUUCAAUGGUGGUUCUUCUCCUCAACAGAUUCCCAGCCCUCAAUGCUGAUUUGAGUUCGACUGAAUACGAUACCAUUACGAACAACAAUGUGAAGAUUUUCCCAAUAAUUUCUGACACUUCCUACGCUACCCAGCACUCCAUGGUUUCUAGAAGCUCCAAUGCAUUGACCUCAAUUUCUGCAAAUAGUAACUCUCAUUUCAUGAUCGGUAAAGUUGGAAGCUCAUUGGUUCAGACUUUCCAAUACCUGAUGAAUACUGCCUAUCUGGAUAGUUUGGCUGCUACCAGAAGUUUUGUGGAUAAUUUUGGAUUUGCACAAAAUACAAUUGGAAAGUUGAGAGUUCCACAUUCAGAAACUUCUAGUUAUGUUAACUUCACAAUCACAAUCAGUGCACAAACUUUGCAAAACACCACAACAAACACCAAUGGUCUCAGCCUUGUCUUCUACCAAUCUCCAAAUUCCCAACAAAUUGUGAAAUUCGAGCCAGGAAGUCUCUCGAAUACCAAUUUCUACUAUGCCACAGUUCAAUUGAAACAAGGGACCACUUAUCAAGUUCAAUACAAAUCGCAAUUCGAUUUGGGAACAAUCACAAUGAUCAGAGUUUGGACAGAAAGUGUGUUGUAUCAUUAUGGAUCAUAUGCUUCGUUGGAUGAUCCAAUGGGUGGAGUCACUUUGGACAAGGUGGAUGAGUAUCAAGGGGCUGCGUUGAGAAUGAAGUUGAUGAAUGAUUGUUAUACCACCCAUGCGGCCUACGUCCUCUUCACCGACUGUAAUGGAGCUGUUAGUGCCAAGUACGACUCUUCCCAAACCAUCGAUAUCGAUUACAUUUUUGCUGACGAGGGAAGUUUCCCUCAUUACCCAAUUGUUCCAUUCUUCUGUGAUAAUACCCCAAUCGUCACAUUAAACUGCGUUCCUGGCUCCGAAAGCAAGUACGACAUUCAGUUUGUUGCUGGCGAAUUUACAGUAAUCCGUUCGUUCCAAUGUCGUCCAGGAGUUGGACAGAUCAAGUCCAACUGUAGAAAUAAAGAUGUCAAUGGAAACUAUUAUUGUAACAGAGAAAAGCUUCCAUAUAUGAGAGGUCCAACUGGCCAAAUUCCUGACUGCUUGGGACACGGACACGUGGAAUACGAUUUCGCGAACGCCGAAGCAUACAUCUGUGUCUGUGACGAUGGAUAUUCUGGAGAUUCUUGUGAAAAGCACUAA